AUGCAAUUCCCACAGCUGCUUUGUACCAUUUUCAUAGUGUUACUCUUUGCUUGCAGCAUCUCUGAAUCUCAGAAUUGUGAUGAUCCAUUGAAGACCAUUACGGUUAGUCUGUCAGGAGAAGCAAAUUUCAGAACAAUUCAAAGUGCCAUUGACUCUGUUCCUAUUCAAAACUCUCAGUGGAUUCACAUCCAAAUUUCUCCAGGAGUUUACAACUUGCAUUUAUAUAAGGGUCUAAUAAAGAAUGGUGUGGUUCAUAUCCAAUACAGAGAACAAGUGUUAAUUCCCAUGAACAAACCUUGCAUCUAUCUUGAAGGAGCUGGUAGCUUGCACACACAUAUUGAAUGGAAUGAUCAUCUUAAUGCUACUUUUUGUACAGAAGCAAAUAACACCAUUGCAAAGGGCAUUACUUUCACGAAUACACUCAACCAUCCUAUAACAUUGGAUGAAAGCAAUAUCACACAAGCCGUGGCAGCUCAGAUCAAUGCAGAUAAAUGUGCCUUCUUUCAUUGUGCAUUUUUAGGGGUUCAAGACACCUUAUGGGAUUGCUAUGGCCGCCAUUACUACCAUGGCUGCUACAUUCAAGGUGGAAUCGAUUUCAUAUUUGGAAAUGGUCAAUCAAUCUUUGAGGAAAGUAUAAUAAACUUUUCGAUGGGAAAAAAUGGUCCCAAAUGGAAUGGGAUUAUCACAGCACAAGAAAGGGAUUCUCCAAAUGAUCCAAGUGGGUUUGUGUUCAAAAACUGUAACAUAACAGGGACCACAGGAGGGAAAGCUCUGCUUGGAAGAUCCUUGAGAGCAUAUGCAAGAGUAAUUAUAGCCAAUUCAUUCCUAUCAGAUGUGGUUCUACCCAUUGGUUGGAAUGCUCGAACCUUCCUUGGCCAUGAAAAAACCAUCACCUUUGUGGAAUUGGGAAACAAAGGACCAGGAGCAGAUCAAACAAAGCGUGUGAGAUGGAUAAAGCACUUAAGUGAAUCUGAGCUUCUUCAAUUCUUGAAUAUUACUUUUAUUGAUAAAGAAGGGUGGAUUGCAAAAUUACCUAAAUCAAUUUUCAUUUGA